GCUCUGCCCGCCCGGAGGUGCGGGCCCGGGGUACGUGCACGGCCGGAAUUAAAUUCUCUCACUUGUGUUGUUCUGUUUUUUGUUGUUGUUGUUGUUUGUUUGUUUGUUUGUUUCAAAUUCAAAGUAGAUCUGUUCGUGGACGCUUUAUUUGGAUUAGAUUUAGAAAAAUGAUGUCGCUGUAUGUAUAUAGAUUUCUACAGAAAUAAUUCAAGUGGUGAAGGAGAACCAGCUUGUUUAUUCGGUGUGACUGUUUCACCCAGCUGCAACAAAUGGCAACUCCCGACUUCUAGCAUAGCUUUUCCUUUGGGUCAACAAAGAAGUGCAAGCAGUUUGGCAGAGUGAGGGAUAUGUUACUCUGUCUGUAUUGCUAAUGUUUCCAAACUGCUGGAGGCAUUUGAGAAAUAGAUCAGUGCAUACACCGGUGAGAGGCCCUUUACUCUAGCCAAGGGGACAGGAACACAGGGAGCAGCCUGCUUGCUCUAGGGCCGGACUGAAGUUCAGCACCUCCUCAGGGCAGGAAUAGGGGCACCUGGGAUGUGUAGGGCUCGGGCUGCCCUAUGGGUCCUCUCCAGGAUGGCAGGCAGCAGUGACCUGAUGCAUCAGGCUGGAAUACAAGAGACAGCGCUGGUCCUGGGACACAGUGUGCUAUUGCAGCAGCAGCAGCGCUGCAACCGGUUGUCUUUUGGUGCCAGGUAAAUUCAUCGUUGUGACACUGCAUUGUGUUUGAGAUGCACCUUGCAGUGACUUCAAUGUCUUAUGUUUUGCUAGCAUCAGUUCUCUGUCAGAAGGGACCAAAUGAGGGUUUUCUGUUGAACAAAACCACUCACAAAGAUCCUAGUAUGCAUUUUAAUAUUGAUUGUGAAUGCAUUGGGAAGCUUCAUUAAACUGGGAUACCUAGCUGCUGUCUGUGAGUUCAUUUUCUUGUAAAAGACAAUGCAGGAGUAAUCUCCAUCUUGUUUUCUUUCUAAAUCAAUUAUUCGAAAAGCAAAACAAAAUUCCUGUCUUUUGAGUGUUUUGGUAGCCAUUGAGGGAGAACGACUGGAAGUUUGACAAAAGAAAAGUUGAAAGCCAGAGAAAGCGGAUAUUCAUCUGUUGCUGAACGAAUAAGAAUGUGUUCAGUUACAUUUGUCACGAAGGCUUGAUUUCUUGGGGGUGUUAGCAUUUUGGUAGUCCGAGGUCUUAUUUUUCUAGGGCUGAAAUGCCCUGUUUUGUUGAAAAGCGAUGUCUGGAAAACUGAAACUGGAUCUGAAACUGUAGCAGAUACUUGGAAGAGAAAUACUGCCUUCAGUUAGAAAUGGAAUGAUACAGUUACAUAGCAGGGUAAAAGCUUUGAGAAUAGGGUGGUGAAUGGGCUCCAGUUAAGGCAGGUGGGUUUUGUGCAAUAGGUCCCUGUUGGGUUCCAGCUGCAUGAGCCCAACUGCAGACUGACAUCAGGGAGCAGCAGGCGUGUCUGCUGCUGAGGCUCUCAGUGGAUCUGCAGGCUGCUGUAGGUACAGUGCAGCUCAGGUCUUUGUCCUGGGUCUGGAGCAUUAUCUGUAGGGCUGCAGACCUCCAUGUCCUUUAACAGCUUUGAGUCCAGUUCAGCUUCAGUGCCUUGGAACAGGCUUUACAAAGCAGCUGUGUGAGUGAAGCACAGGCAGCUCAAGUAAUUCUGUAACUGAGCACUUUCCAUGCUCAGGGAAGCCCAUUAAGUGCUGCAUCCAUUCACAGUAGUCUAAAGUAAUAGAAGGUGGCCUUAAAAAGCCUCCUUCUGUCUCUCUCAGUAUUAUGUAGGCCAAAAAACAGGAAAGCGUUGAAGCUUUCUAUUUUAGUCUUUGUUGUUAAAAAUUGAAGUUUGUUAAAGUGUUUGAAACAGUUAUGGGAUUUUUAGGCUAUUGAGUACUGUAGUGAAAGGAGCUAGAAUGGAAACUGUAAUCUAACACUUGGGCAGUCUGAGCCUACGCUUUAGGCCAGGUGCUUGUAAAUAGAUGUUAUAUUUGCUCAUCAUAGGAAUAUUAAAGAUGCACAAAUCAUCAUUUAGGCGAGUGAGAAAUCUUGGUUCCAUGUAAAGGUGUUGUACAUUGCUGAAAGUAUUUCUUGUCAGUUCUCUAUGCAAGCAGAUGUGGUCAGCGUCACUGAUACAAGGGCUGCUCAUCCUCAUUUUUGGAACAGGGUAUUCAUCAAGAAUGAAAAUAAAAUGGAAAUGGCAAUGUGUUAUUUAAAAGAUAUUCUGGAUUUGUUUGUUGUUUUAAAAUAAAUAGUCAUAAGAGUGAAUUCAAGCAACUGUUUGUUCUUGUUGUUGUUAUGCUUUUUUUUUCCUGGAUGGUAAAUUCUCCUGAACACAGGCUCUGAAAUUGGGCAGUAGUGAUUCCAGUGUGUUGGGCCCUCACAGUAUGAUGCUGUGCAUGUAAUGCGUGUAUCAUUAGUGAUGCUUGCUAGCCAGUAUGAAGAAAUAAGCAUAAUCAUAGACAUUAAAAAUUAAGCAAAGUGUUUGCACAUAUUUAGAUUAGGCAAAAAAAAAAAAAACCCAGGCAAGAUGCAGCUUUUCUAAACUGUUUCUUUCCAAACCAUUCAGUGCAAUAUCAGAAUGAAAAAUGACAACACUUUGUCAUCUGUUCAAAUUGAUAUUGCACUCUUUGCAGUGACAGCUGAAAAGGCCCACAGGUGCCAUAUAAAGAGGUGACCAUGUUGUCAUAUUUCAUUUAGGCAUCCCUCUGCAAAGCCAUAAUUACCUAAUUAGGUUGUUAAUUAGGAGAUUAGCAUUUCACUAUAUUGAUAGAAUGCUCUUUGCAGGCGUGAUUCUAGUUACGGAUUUGUCUGCCCUAAUUUAUAAUCUUUGCAUUUUUUUAUACUUAUUUAUUUGUGUAAAAUCUUGAUGCGAAGUAGCUCAGGUUAGCUGAGAAUCAACUUGUUUGCAAUUAAAUGAAGAUUUGACAAGAUAAGGAAACAAACAGGUAAGUGUACAUUCUUUCCAUAUGAACUCCAGCGUUCUCUCUCUCCUUCCCUAAAGCUCUGUAACGAAAACAUUGGAUUCAGCAUAACUUGCAUCCUGACUGGUUUGACAGCAAAAAUAUAGGCAAGUUCCAAGCAGUUCAUGCAUAUAGAAAUAAAUAUCCAAUGUCAGAUUGAUUUUCAGGUUGGAAAACUAACAAUGAAUUUUGUCAGAACUUGUGUGUAAUGUAUUGUUUUCUCAUAACUUUCAAAUUCCCAUUUCACUUGUGAAAGAGCACCUCUUUAAAUGACUUCAAAUGAUUAUUUCCUUUUUAAUGAUAGGACGCAAAGCAUGAAUGACAGCUUCUCUAAGCAAGCAUGCAUUCUUAAAUGCACUUGAGCUUUUAUUGAAACACAGACUUGAAUUUUCAUGUAUUACAUUUCACUUUCCUUUAUCCUCCAUACACAGGAGUCUGGCAUUCAAGGGUUUUGAUUAUUUGUACGGCUGCAAAUGUAGAUAGCCAGGACCAUUUAUGUAGCAAUUGCAGACAGAAGUUAACUGUGAAAUUAUUUCAUAUAACCUGAAUCAUAAAUUUUGAAGUAUAUUCACACUGUCCUAUUCCAGCUUGUCACAUGUAGGGAAAAAUCAAUUUUAUUCUAAUCUACCCUUUUUUUCAUUAGUUUCUAAGAUUACUUUAAAGACCUGCAGUCAGAGAGGUGUGCAGUUCGGUGAACGUGGCAGCCCAUGAGUGUAACGUUGUGAGAUUCCUCCAGCGGCGCUCGGAGCGCGUGAGUGGUUGGUUCGGACCCACACCGUACCCUCCACAAACUGCGUUUUGGUUUGGAACAUUUUUGUUUGCAAUGAGUAGGGUUUAACUGGCUAUUACUUCCUCAAGGCAGACAGUCAGUGUAAGCAUCUUUUCCAUGAGUUGUGGGCCUGUGGAAUUAGAAAUAGGAAAUAUCCUUCUUCUGCUUCUCACGCUUACUCUUUACUUUUUUCAGUUUAUUAAUACACAAUUCCUUGCAGGAAUUGGCAGGAGAAAGUUGUGCAGAACUUCCAGCUGCUUUCAGCCAUUUGAUCUGAAAGAGUUACUGUUGAGUUGGUAAAAUUUCAAAGCUGUAGCUCUUUUCUGAAGCAGAAGAGUUUCUGCUGCUGACAGCUUUCUCCAAUUUUUAUCAUUUAUCAUAGAUUAUUUAGAGGUCUAAGAGCAAAUUUGCUCACAUGUGAUACCUGGAAUUAUGAAAGGCAUAAAUAUAGAACUUUUCUGUGAGGAAGGUAUUUCCUGUGCUUUGGUCAGUGGCUGUGUAUCACAGAGAGGUGCCGUUAGCUUGCAGCUUUAGGAGCAAUAGCCGUGGGGAUGAAGUUGGCAGUAAGUAGAUCGUAGUUGGCUGAGCUAUAACUAUGCAUGUUUUCUUCUCUAAUCUCAGUUGGUAACCAGUUUGUGUUCUUGUGAUACAUCAGGCAUGUGUGCUGUGCUAAGACUGCAUUGUGUGGGCCAACGUGUGUGGUAAGGGGAACAACGUGUCAAAGUACAGCAUGGAGCUGUUGCUCGUAGCGCUCAGGCAGGAGCCGGGUGUUGGGCCAGUGCUCCUCAGUGCAGGAAGGGGCUCUGGGCUGUAGCUGCAGUCACUGUGCACGGUCCGUACUGCGCUCGCAGUGUGUGAGCAGCCUGCAGCUCGGUGAGGGCAGCAGUGUAGCGGCCAGGAGCCAGUUGGGGGGGGGGGGGCUGGGCAGCCCCAUGCAGCCUCCUCUGCUCAGAAGAGGGAGGAGUUCCCCCUGACCUGGCUUUGUGUGUUGGAAACCAAUGGUGACGUUCAAUACAAGGUAACGAUGCUUUCCCCAAAGUCAAGAAACCUGCAUUUAGCAGUUAUUUCAUGCUCACAGUCAGACAUUUGCUAUGUGGGGAGAUAUUUGGGGAUUUGGGUGGGGGAAGAGGAAGGUGAGUGUAUCUGACUCUUAUUCCAGAAAAUACAGUGUGUCAGAAAAGCAGAAGGUCUCCCACAAGGUGAUACGUUGUGGCAGUGAAGUUUCCUCUCCGAAUUCGGGUUCAUGCACCUGGGAGUGACCACAGGGCCUCUGUGUGGGACCUCAUGUCCCCUCCUGGAAGCAGGGUAGCUGUUUAAAUGUCGUGCCUUACUUAUUUACUGAAUUAUGAAUGAGGUUGAUCUGCAUAACAGCUGUGCUUUGCUUGCUGUGAAAGUCUAUAGAUGUUGUAAAUACAGCAGUAGGUUACUAGAAGAGGAACACGUGGUAAAAGUAGACUGCAGUCCAGCUGCCUGGCUGCUCCAUGUGCCCUCCGAGGGUGCCUGGCAGUGCAGCUCUGCCCAAGGCCUGGCUGCACAGUGGCAGUCUGUGCUGCUGCCGUGUGCUGAGCAGGAGCACCCUGCAGGCAGGUUGGAUAACGUGUAGAAAGUGCAACAGAUGCAUUACAAAGAUCGAGAAUGAAAUGAGAGGCCGCUCUGGUUCCAUCCCCCUGUGUGAUGAAUCACAGAAGGUGUUUGGUGAUCGGUUGUAUCUCAUCAUCCCACCAAACUAUGUCGUACAGAAAUGCUGUUAAGGCUGCGUAGGUUUCACAUUGCUCCUUUCAUUUUUAGUGUUUGCACAGAGUAUGCUUGACAGCUGCCUGCGAAGUAUUUUAUUUAAUAGCAGUGUAGUAUUUAGAUACUGCGAGUGUUAAAAAUAACACUGGCUUUUUGUUGGUGAUUGAAGAAUGUGUAAAUUGCUGGUGCGUGGAAAGUCCCUGACUUCUUUUCAAUUCAGCUCAUGCCCAUGGGUGAGGUAACGGGCUGGGGGUGUGAGGAAUGCAGCGAGGCGGUGUGCUGGCAACUCGUGGGAGCUCCAAAAAUUGAUCUGGUAUCUAAUGUUGAUGAAAUUGACUGCAUGGAGAUGUGAAGGUAUUCGUGUGAAAGCCUGCAAAGUUGAACUUUGCUUCUUUGAAUUCUUCUGUUGUCUUCGUUUCUCUGACCAGAUCUGCACCACCUAACUGUACUUUGCUUCUCUCCAAAGGAGGAACCAGUUAGAGCUGUGUAGGUAGCAAAUGCUGAAGUAUGGUAGAAAAAUCUAAGCUGAAUUUUAGGUGCUGUUUUUUGGGUUUUUUUGGGUUUGUUUUUUUUUUUUUGAUAACUGUUUAAAUUAACUGGAAUUUCUAUGAAUACUUUAUUAUUGAAAAAUAAUUUUUACGUAUCCUUUUGAAAAUUCUGAAGAGGAAGGAAGGAAAUGUGUUUGUAUUCGAGUUUGGACUUUGAAACGGAAUUUCUGGUAAUUCUUUGCUGUUGCUGUUUAUGGGAGAAGUGAUUGUGUGUUUAAAAUGGUAAGGAGGCUUGGCUAAUUGAGCACGCUGACUGCUAAUAGCGUGAAGUCGGGGUGCAGAGUAUAAAGGUAAAAAUCUCGCAUCUGCUGUUACAUGUUGUUAACUCCCUUAGCAGACAUUAAAUCAUUUCAAGUACAAUAAUAGUGUGGGAGGUACAUUAACUAACCAUUAACAAUCUUAUAAAUACACAAUUAACAUGCCAACAUUUAUAUGACACAUUGAUGGGGCAGCAGUAAUUUUUGAUUGGGAGUUUGUGGACCCUUUAGAAGCCUGAGGCAGUUGCUUAUUUAAGCAAGUUCUUACUGCUCACAGGUACAGUGUCCAUGCAACAAGAUGGAGAGAAGAUAGUACAGUGAAGUGGUGGUCUUGUGGGCAGAAUGGCUUUCCUGGACAACCCAACAAUUAUACUUGCCCACAUUCGGCAGUCACACGUGACCAGUGAUGACACAGGGAUGUGUGAAAUGGUCCUAAUAGAUCAUGAUGUCGACCUAGAGAAGUUUAAUCCCUCAUCAACAUACGGAGACAGUGCUUCAGAAACACAGGGAAGCAAUGGUGAGACUCAGGGCUAUGUAUAUUCCCAAUCAGUCGACAUUACCUCAAGCUGGGACUUUGGAAUUAGAAGACGAUCCAACACAGCUCAGAGACUGGAACGUCUGCGGAAAGAGAGACAAAAUCAAAUAAAAUGCAAAAAUGUGCAGUGGAAAGACAGAAACACUUCCUACUCAGCAGAGGAGCUGAGCUCGCUAUUUGAAAAAAAGAAUUUCAGAGUAAGAUCUCCGUGCUCUGGGAAGCAGUCGAUUCUGUCUGUGCGACUCGAGCAGUGUCCCCUACAGCUGAAUAACCCCUUCAAUGAGUACUCAAAAUUCGAUGGCAAGGGCCAUGUUGGUACCACGGCAACCAAAAAAAUUGAUGUCUACCUCCCACUGCAUGCAAACCAAGACAAACUGCAGCCCAUGACAGUUGUGACGAUAGCAAAUGCCAAGGUGCAUGACCUGAUUGGACUAAUAUGCUGGCAAUAUACAAGUGAGGGACGGGAACCAAAACUGAACGACAACGUCAGUGCCUACUGCCUCCAUAUUGCUGAGGACGAUGGUGAGGUUGACACAGAUUUCCCACCCUUGGAUUCCAACGAGCCCAUUCACAAGUUUGGCUUCAGCACUCUGGCGUUGGUUGAAAAGUACUCCUCUCCCGGCCUGGCAGCAAAACAGUCUCUCUUUGUCCGAAUAAACGCUGCUCAUGGAUUCUCACUUAUUCAGGUGGACAGUAUGAAGGUCACCAUGAAAGAUAUCUUGCAAAAAGCCUUAAAGAGAAGGAAAGGAUCGCAGAGAGGCUCAGGUCCUCAGUAUCGGCUGGAGAAGCAGAGUGAACCUAAUGUCCCAGUAGAUUUAGACUGUACCUUGGAGAGCCAGAGCACUUUGGAAUUCUGCCUUGUCCGAGAGAACAGUUCGAGAGGAGAGGAGAUCUCAGAGGAGGACCCUCAGAUCGACAUCGCCACGGUGCAGGACAUGCUCAGCAGCCACCACUACAAGUCCUUCAAAGUCAGCAUGAUCCAUAGGCUUCGAUUCACCACUGAUGUUCAGUUAGGUAUUUCUGGAGACAAGGUAGAGAUAGACCCUGUUACUAAUCAGAAGGCCAGCACUAAGUUUUGGAUUAAGCAGAAACCCAUUUCAAUCGAUUCUGAACUCCUCUGUGCCUGUGACCUUGUGGAAGAAAAGAGCCCAAGUCAUGCAAUAUUUAAACUUACAUAUCUAAGCAAUCACGACUACAAACACCUGUACUUCGAAUCAGAUGCUGCUACUGUCAAUGAAAUUGUACUGAAGGUUAACUAUAUUCUGGAAUCGCGAGCAAGUACAGCCAGAGCAGAAUAUUUUGCUCAGAAACAGAGAAAACUGAACAGGAGAACAAGCUUCAGCUUCCAGAAGGAGAAGAAAUCGGGACAGCAGUAGCGCCGGGCCUCGAACGGAGCCCGACCGCCGUGCUCGGGGCGGGGCUGCCGGCGGCCGCGGCACAGCGGCGGUGCUGCGGCUGCUGACGGCGGGAGCGGCCGGGGAGGACAUCGGCGCCGUCCCAAACGUCGCGGCUGCGCGAUGGGCCCUCCUUGGCGAGGGGAGGUCUCCCCGUGCCACAAAUAUGAGCCAUAUCAGCCGGAAAGAAGACUGUUACGCUUCAGGUUCCUUUGAUUAGAAAUAAGAGAAUGACGUAGACUGGCAUCAUUUAAUUACUGUAUUAUGUACAAUCACGAGAAGAGAUGUGAUUACGUAUUAUUUCACAGCCUGGUUAAAAUAAAUUAUAUACAUCUGUAAUACACCCACGUACACGCAGGUAUUGCUUGUGACAUGAUCAAAUUUCUAAAAACAAAAUGUAGGACAAAUGUAUCCAUUUUUACUAUUAAUAAACAGAUGUAAUCUUUUUCAAGGUC